AUUUGAGCACUUGCUGCUGGUUUAUUUCGACAUUUUGGUCGCUUUUGAGGCCCGCAAACGUGCGUAAAUUGUAUUUCAAAAUUGUUUAUCACGAAAUGCACACACAACACACAAAGUUCCGGAAAAAAUACCACAACUAGAGGUGGUCUAAGCUGCGACUAUCGAUAGGUACGGAGGGUGUAUUUGCUAUGCUAGGAUGGUGUCUCGGCUGUCGAUAGGUUUGCUUACUUUUUAAUUUACCAUGAGCUGGCAACCCUGCUCCUAAUAUCGCGCAAAAAUAAGUGAAAUUUUUAAAAUGGAAGUGGAGUUAAAAGAGCUGGCCAAGUGCGAAAUUUGCCAAUCCAAGGAGGUUGAUGAGUUGGUCUUCGGCGAGUUUAUGGUCCAACGGCAGCUGCACGUGCACUACUAUUGCCUGCUCCUCUCAACCAAUUUGCCGCAGCGCGGCAACGAUUCCAGCGGAAUUCUGGGCUUCCUGCUGCGCGACAUCCGCGACGAGGCAGCUGCCGCCAAAAGGAGGAAGUGCUGCUACUGCACGAAGCCCUCGGCCAGCAUUCAGUGCCACGGAUGCAGCGCCUAUUUCCAUUUGAAGUGCGGCCAUCACAACCACGGCGUCUUUGAGUUCACUGGCAUGUAUCACAGCUACUGCGACGCCUGCGCCCCGAAGGAUGAGUAUCAGCGGGAAUUGGUGGCCCAUCCGCCGGAGGAACGCAUCUGCGACAUUUGCCUGGUGCCCAUUUACAUGUUCAAGAUGUUCAACAUCACCUACGGCGACUGCUGUCGCCGGGGAUUCGCCCACAAGAGCUGCAUGCGUCGCUACGCCCUCAUGUCGGGCUAUUACCUCCGCUGCAUUUGGUGUCGAGCGGAGAGCUUCAGGGAUUCCAUCCGCAAACAGUCGGUUUUCGUUCCAGAUCGCGAUGCCAUGUGGGAGAAGCAGCCGAACGCCUACAGGGAGCUCCACGAGCGCAAUUUGCGAUGCGACGAGGUGAAAUGCCUGUCGCAGAAUGGGAGGUUCUACAACAAAAGCACCUGGUUGAUUCUAUCCUGCAAGCUGUGCGGCUGCACCGGUGCCCAUUCCAAGUGCCUGGCAGGCAGCGUUCGACUGGCCAAAGGCACCGAGCCCACCGAAUUCAAGUGCUCCACGUGCCAGGAACUGGAAAGGAAUAUAGCCGAGAGGCCUGCGCGCGACCUGGAUGCUUCUGCUGUUGGUGCCGCCGCGGAGGACCAUGUGAAUGCCUCGUUUUAUGUGAAAAAAAUCGGACCAGCUGUGGCUAAUCUCCCCGUGACGCAGGCUCCUGUCUUCUCCGAAGAGGAUGACUGCGAAAUGAGUUCCUCUAGUUGUUCCAGUUACAUCACUGUGAUUGCCAGUCAGCCGAAGGAAAAGGCUACUAAGGAGACGCCUACGCCAAAUGUUGAGGUGUCGAUCAUCGAGAUUCUCGAUUCGACGCAGCCACAGGAUGGAAACCAGAUUACUGAAGGAGUAAAUAAGGAGACGUCGGUAAUCGAGAUUUCCGAUUCGACACAGUCACAGGAUGCAAACCAGACCACUGAACCGGAAAUAAUGAUUUAUAAACCGCCACAGCCACAAUCUUUAACAAUGAUUUCUGAUUUAUCGCAGGCAGAUAAUACAACCAAUAUUAUUGACUCUUCACAGCAACAGCCGGUAAAUGAGAUUCCUGAAUCGCAGCCACAGGAUGGUCUCAAAGAAGAUCCAAAUACCCUACUGGUGCUACAGGAGUCCUACCGCUACGCCGACGAGCCCUACUACUACCUGGUCAUCUACGAGUUUGAUCAGGGGAAGUGCAUUGGGACCUGCGUAUUACGAUUUAACGAGGACGACCCUCGCAUUCAGGACAAAUCGCAGGAGGCUUUGGAACGUGUGAAGAUAAAACCAGAAGAUGUAUGGUGCCGUGACAAGAAUACCGGCAUCUUCGGGAAGGUCGAUGAGUUCCUCAAAAAGUUUAGAUCAGAGAAUGUUAAUGUGAAUGUUAAUUAUUAA